UCUGAUUGUCACAUGGACUAUUGGUGUGUUUUCAGAUUGUCUGGCUGUAUGGUGACAGAGAAGGGCUGUCGUUAUGUGUUUUCAGCUCUGAGUUCAAACCCCUUAGACAUGAGAGAGCUGGAUCUGAGCUACAAUCACCCAGGAGAUUCAGGAGUCAAACUACUCACUGAAAAACUGUUGGAUUCAACCUGCUCACUGGACAAACUCAAUGUGGAUCAUGGAGGAGAAUCCAGGAUUACAGCAGGACUGAAGAAAUAUGCCUGUUUUCUCACACUGGAUCCAAACACAGCAAACACUCGACUCAGUCUGUCUGAGGACAACAGAAAGGUGACACAUGUGGAAGAGUAUCAGUCGUAUCCUGAUCAUCCAGACAGAUUUGAUGGAUAUAAUCCUCAGGUGUUGUGUAGAGAGAGUGUGUGUGGACGCUGUUACUGGGAGAUUGAGUGGAGUGGAAAUGAUUAUGUGGAUAUAUCAGUUUCAUAUAAGAGCAUCAGCAGGAAUGGACGGGGUGAUGAAAGUUUGUUUGGACAUAAUGAUCAGUCCUGGAGUUUGAGCUGCUCUCCUAACAGAUACUCAUUCAUACACAAUAACGUAUGGACUAAACUCCCUGUGAAGCCCAUCAUCAGUAGAAUAGGAGUGUAUGAUGAUGAUGAUGAUGAUGAUGAUGAUUAUAUCUAUAGAAUAGGAGUAUAUGUGGAUGUGAGUGCAGGAACUCUGUCCUUCUACAGCGUCUCUGACACAAUGAGUCUCAUCCACACAGUCCAGACCACAUUCACUCAGCCGCUCUAUCCUGGGUUUAAGGUUUCUAUUGGAUCUUCAGUGAAACUGUGUUGAUGAAUGAGAAUAGACUGAUGAGAGAUUGUACCCAUAAUGCUUUGAGCUGCUGAUGAAUCAGUAAGAGUGAGAUGUUAUUGAGUCUCUUCAUGACAUUAAUACUGCAGCUCAACUUCUGUCACUCAAAUAACAGAAUAACUGUGUCAGAAAUCACAUAUAGACAGUAACAUCAGUGUCUAUAUUUGUUUUUAUUGUUGUGUCUCAUCAAUCAUUUGUUUUAGUGUCAAAAUGUAAAAAUGUCACAAUUAUGAUUGAAGAACAUGCAGUUAAUUUCUCUAUUUUUUGUACAGAAAUAAUAAAACACAAUGACAAAUCAACUAGAGAUUUUAAUUGAUGUUUGUAUCAUGAAUAUAAUCAAUUCCUCACAAGACUGAAAUGAGUUUCUGACAUUAUAAAAUAUUACAUUAAUCAUAACAUUUAGUAAAAUAUGUUAUUGUAACUACAGUAAAGCUGUAUUAAAUGAUCUCUUUUUUUAUUAAGAUCUCUUUUAAUAAGAGAAAGAAGCUGUCAGAAUACAUUUUAAAAUAUGUUUUGAGUUUAAUGUUUUAAUCACAGUAUAUUUAUAGACCAAAAUCAUAUUUUUAUUUACUGUUUUAUUUAGUUUUUAUUUUCUUGUUUAUUGAAUUAAUAUGAACAAGUAUCAUAUUAUAGAUAUAAUGCAAACAGUACUUCAGCUGACAUAUUUGUAUCAACACUUUUUAUUAACCCUUUAAUUGUCACUCACAUUUUUGAGCACAGACAUAAAAAUGCACUAUCCAGACUUACAUUUUUAUAAUUCAUGAAUGAAAACAUUUUGUAAUAUGAUUUUGAUGUACAUUUUCCAUGGUAAUGCGAUGUCUGAUUUAAAUUGCCUUUCAAAGGAUGAAUUUUGAGAUUUUAAGUUUUGAACUGAUAUAUAAUUUCUUAUGAUUUCUAAAGUGUGACAGGGAA